CAUGGUAGAAAGAUCUGGACGAUUCUGUUGGAAGAUUUGUUAAAGAUGUGUGAAAAGCUUUACAAAUAGAUUAAUCUUUUAUUGAACUAAUGCACAAUGUUGCAAAUUCAAGGUCCACAGACCAAAUCCGGCCCGCCAUAUCUACCUAUGUGGCCCUCUAUACCUCGGAGGGCCACAAAAGUAGAAGUAGAAUUAUGUAUUUACCAGGCAUAUUGUGCCAUCUUGUAGCACCAUCAACUAUGUUACCUUCAUAACAUAACAUAACAUUUUACAACAUUUGUUGUAAAAUUUCUCUACAUAUCAAGUACGACCUGAAAGAAAUGUGACUUUUUAAUUUAACGUUUUGAAAUUGGGCCUCUGUCUCUUUAAGAAACUCCUGCUCUUUCUGAAACUCUGCCUCCAGAAAGUCAUAACAUUGCUCCUUUUAACAUUUUUUCCAGCUACGAGAAUUAGCUCGUAUAUUGACUGAAGCAGCUGCGCAGCUCCACCAGGUGUUUGCUAAUUGCUGCUGGCUAGUCUGAAGGAGCAGAGUGGAGGAGUCAGGAGUGGCUGCUCUGUGAGGCGGAAGCUCCGAGGAGGAGCUGCAUACUCGAAGGCGGUUACUGUAGUUAGCAUAACCUCAGUAAUUAAUCAUAAUAAAUUCAUUUUUAGCAUUUGUAAUUAUUGCAAUUAAAAAUUAGUUUAUAUUGAGCUGAUACUCCAACUUGCUACACAACAUUUCUGGUUUAAACCAGCGUGUCACCCGAUCAGACCAGCUGUUCAAACGUUCGCGUCACCAAGCAGGUGAGUCGGGUAUUGAAAACUCGCCCCGCCAGCAGCCAGACGUUUGGUAUUUUGUUCAGGCGUGUACCGCACACUGUGUUCAUUUUGUUUGUUUGUUUUUUUCUUCUUCCCCCCGCCCCCAGAGAAGGCAGUGCAACAGUCUCAGAAUAAUCAGUUAACACCUUCCCAUCAGGUUUUUAUGCCAGCUAAGUGAUUUUAUCUGUUCGCCUGCUUUCAGUUCUAAGUGACAACAAGAAAUGGCACAAGAAGUGAACUCUACUUUAAUAAGACACAUUCUGUUUAUUACCUGGAACAUGAUUCUUUGCUUCAGUUUGUUGCCGCUCAUAAAGUCCUGAAAGGAUCCGGUGUUCAGAUUGUGGGAUGACUGUAAGCUCUGGAUUGAUUUUUGCUUUUUAAAGACUGCGUUGAUCCUUUACCGUUUUGAACAUGGCAGGAGGAUCAGCAGCUGACUUGGGACCUACAGCUGUUGUCAAGGUUUUUUCAGCUGGAACAGCUGGCUGCGUGGCUGACCUGGUCACCUUCCCGUUGGACACCGCCAAAGUACGACUGCAGGUCCAAGGAGAAUCGAAGGCCCUCCCAAAAGGCCAGAAGGCGGCGUACAGAGGUGUAUUUGGCACCAUCAUCACCAUUGUGAGGACCGAGGGGCCGAGGAAUCUGUACAACGGGCUCCUGGCGGGGCUGCACCGACAGAUGUGCUUCGCCUCCGUCCGGAUCGGUCUGUACGACACCAUGAAGCAGCUCUACGCCCACGGAGCAGAGAAUCCUGGACUGGGGACCCGACUGCUGGCGGGCUCCACCACCGGAGCGAUGGCGGUGGCUUUUGCUCAGCCCACCGAUGUUGUGAAGGUCAGGUUCCAGGCUCAGGUCCACCAGCCGGAGAACGGAUCCGUCAAGAGGUACAGCAGCACCACCGAGGCCUACAGGACCAUCGCCAGGGUGGAGGGCCUCAAAGGGCUCUGGAAAGGGUGUUUGCUGAACAUAGCUCGUAACGCUAUUGUGAACUGCUCUGAGCUGGUGACGUAUGACAUCAUUAAAGAGCAGAUCCUGAAGAACAAACUGAUGACAGACAACAUGCCGUGUCACUUCACUGCUGCGUUCGCCGCAGGUUUCUGCACCACCGUGGUGGCCUCUCCGGUGGACGUGGUGAAAACCCGCUUCAUGAACUCCGUGCCCGGGCAGUACGGCGGCGCCGCCAACUGCGCUCUGACCAUGCUGCUUAAAGAGGGGCCCUCUGCUUUUUACAAAGGGUGGGUGUCGUCGUUGAAAACCGGGGCAGAUCCAGUCCAGCAGCUGAUUUUUCUCAAUCUUUCCUUGCAGCUUCAUGCCGUCGUUCCUUCGCCUGGGGUCCUGGAACAUAGUGAUGUUUGUCAGCUACGAGCAGAUUCAGAGGGCCGUGGUAAGAUUUCAGCGGCGUCUCGCUUCAGAACGGUUUGACUGAGCGAAGCUGUGCAGCGGGAUCUGCAGCAGCGUUCAUAGUGAGCGGUCGAUCCGGACCUGGUACCUCACCAGAGAGGGCAAG